AUGGAUGUACAAAGGAACCAAUUAUGGUAUAUGGCAGGGUGUAGAUGCAUUGGGAGAUUUGCUCGUCACUCCAAGGAUGGAAGCCUAUGCAUUCCCAUGGAGCAUCUCCUUGGUGCCUUCAAGGUUUCAAGCGAGUUAUUUGGAUGGAAGAACAAGCGUACUGGUGAUGUUAUCCAGCACAGGUCAUCGGAUAUAUCUACAAUUGCAUUUCUAAAGACCAAUUCAAACACCUACCAACUGAGGAUUGAGUUGAAUGAGUCAAAGGGACACAAGGUACUCAGAUUUGAUGGGUUUACCGAAAAGGUACGUUGGAUUAGAUGUGUUUGUGAACUAGAAGCAGCCCAUGUGAUAUCAACUAGUUGA